AUGAAUCGGCCAGACCCAAUAGAAUCUAGUAAUCUUACCGACAAUCAUCAACCAGUUAUAGAGAUUGCAAAUGGUCAUAUUGGAACAAAUAAUGAACCUUUUCUUGAAGAUACUGGACCUCUUACAACUACGGAUGGCUUAACUGUGACCAAAGAGAAUGGUGAUGUUACCUCAAAUUCUGAAAUGAUGGUUGAGGAUUCAGGAGUAAGUUCCUUUCGUCAGACUAUUCUUCUUAAUCUCAACACUCCUGCAGCUGACAAUGAACAUAAUGAAACUCACUAUAAAUCACGCGAGAUAGAUACUACAGCAAUGGCCACUGCUUUGCGAAGAGAAGCUAUCAAGAUACACUCUACGCUCACUCACCAGCAUCAGCAAUUCUAUCGUGAUUGUUAUAUUACCGGAACGGUCGAUUUCAUCUGCGGUGACACAUCAGCUGUAUUCCAAAACUGCCAUAUCAAGGCAAGAAAACCAAUUCAUGAACAAAGGAACAUGAUAAAAACGCAGAAACGUGAAGUCCAAAGUGAUAAGAAAGGGUUUUCAUUCCAAAAGUGUACUAUAAUAAUAGCUUCACAUCUUGCUCCCAUCAAGCGAACGAUAAAGACAUAUUUAGGACAUCUGUGGGGAGUCUACUCACAUAUCGUCUUUAUGGAAUGUUUCAUCGCUGAUCUCAUUGAUCCGGAGGGACGAAUUCCAUGGAAGAGCGACACUCGACGUCUAUCUACAGUGUAUUACGGUGAGUACGAGAACAAAGGCUCGGGAGCGGAUACAAGCAGACGAGUCAAGUGUAAAAGCUUUAAUCUUAUUACAAAUAUGAAAGAAGCAGCGAACUUCACUGUGGGAAAACAGAUAUAUCCAGAUUCAUGGCUCAAAACCACCAGAGUCUCCUACGACGAGGGUCUCUGA